AUGGCAGAAGCAUCACUCGAGCAGCUCCAGGAAGAAUGGAAAGAAAUGUUUCAGAAGACGCUUCCAGCAGCAGCAACCUCCAAAUCUCCCUCCCAGUCUUCAUGGCCAAUCCACGUCGAUCAUUGUUUCGCGCGUAUUAUUCUUGAUCUGGUCGUCGGGGUAGAUACGCCAUGGAUGGAAAAGGUCAAAAGUCCAGCGUACAAGAACAUGUCGGAAGAACAGCUGCGGAAGAGCAUCGAUUUGUCGCGACAAAUACUAGAAGGAGCGGUUGAUCUGGUUGACUUGAACAACCAGAGCCUUGCAUUGAGAGGCAAGGAUAAAAACAAUCGAAAGAGAACACAAGAUACGAAUGAGCCAACGAGAUCUGGGGCAAACCCAAAGAAGCGGAAGACUAAUUCCAUCCGCGAAGAAAGCACAGCAGAUGCCAGCGUACCCUCAGCAAAGAAAACUCCUGUUCAGAUCGAAAUAUCGCCCUACUUUGUGAAAUCGAGGAGGAUCAAAGAAAGCUCUGGCUCCAUUCCAUCUCAGAAUGCCGGAAACAUCCCCAUUGGCAAGGAGGCUCCUAAGUCUCUACAGGAAGACCUUGGCCCAUGGCUUAAGAAGAUUGCGAUGUCUCAACGGACGCCUUUCCAGAAGAAGGUGCUUGUAGCUCUGUGCCAAGUUCCCAGAGGCAGAUACACCACCUACAAUGCAAUAUCAACUUAUUUGUCAUCCUCUCCCCGAGCUGAGGUAGUCUUGGAGGCUUUGGUGGGAGUUGGGGGCGAAAAGGAGAAGCCGGCCUAA